GAGAGACGGAGAGAAACCUGUAACACGUCACCGUCCGAAUCACAGCAAACCGGGAAAAAAUCUGGGAGCAUCUCAUCAAGAAAAUGCCAGGAUUGAAAAACCGAACCACAUGGGCACCACUUUCGCUGAAGACAUCCCACAUCACUUCCUGUGCCAACGGAUGCUCUCUGGGCAUUACAGCUCAUCUGACAUAUGUGAAUACUGACCCUGAACCUGUGGAGGGUGUGUUUGUGUAUCCUCUGGGGGAGAAGGAGGUCGUGGUGAGUUUUGAGGCAGUGGUGUCUGGCAGGCUGGUCAGUGUGGAGCUCCAGAGCCGAGCGGACUGCUGUUUGGACUGUUGCCCAGGAUCAGCGCUGCACACACAGUGUGGUCACAGCAAAGACUGGGGAUGCUGUGGAGGAACCGGUCUGGAGAUGCAGUGCUCCAAUGGUCAUCUGUUGCUGGAUGAGGAUCUGGAGAGGAGCACUUUUAUUGUGAGCACAGGACUGAUUGGACCGCUAGAAAUUGUGUCUGUUGUCAUCAGUACCACCCUUGAACUUCCCACACUUGAAAAUGGUGCAAUCCGCCUGGUCUAUCCCUCAGUGCUCACACCUAUAGUCAGAACACGAAUUCAAUCAGGAAAAAGUGAAAAUGGGGGGAAAUCAGAGGAGAACAGCCCGACUACGUGCUUUGGCAAUGUGUCUGGAAAGCAGGAGAGGAUGCUGGGAGUCGGGCAGCAGUGCACACAUGCUCUGCUCACCAGCUCUGCCACCAACCUCUCGCCUUAUCAGCUCAGCUUCCAGCUGCUGGUUCGAGGAGCCUGUCUGCUAGCCGGUCUGGAAAGCCCCACCCAUGCCCUGCGUGCAGAUGCUGACCCCAGUGCACAGUCUGCCUAUGCAACCUACAUCACACUGGCCGAGGAGCAUCCAUGCGACCGACAUCUGGAAAUAAUACUUCACCUUAGCGAGCCUCACAGCCCAUUGGUCAUCCUAGAGAGGGGCCGGCUCACAUUUAAUGAAUAUGAGCAGCAGAUCCGUGCUCGUCGUGAUUUCAUUCGCUGUGCCCGAAAGGAGGCAGAGUCUGAGAAGAGGCUGGAAUUCGUGCGGAGACGCUAUCAUAAGGAUCUGCUCUUGAACCCGGUCCUGAUGCUUAACUUCUCCCCAGAUCUGCUGUCAGAACCAACAGAACUGCAGCAGGCCAGCAGGGAACUCAUCUUCCUCAUUGAAAACAGCAGCACAAUGACACAGCACAACAUCAACAAGAUCAAGGAGGCGAUGUUAGUUGCCAUCAAGAGUCUGCCGAGCCGCACCAUGCUGAACAUCGCUGGCAUUUGCUCUCCUGUCAGGCCUCUUUUCAGCUCCAGCAAGCCCUACACAGAUAGUACAGUGACUCGGGCAUUGGAGUACAUCCAGAAGAUGCGCACAGACCAAGGUGGUGCUAACCUGUGGGCGACACUGUCCUGGGUUUAUCAGCAGCCCGUCCACCGCAGCUGCCCACGACAGCUCUUCAUCAUCACGGACGGAGCCUUCAGCAAUGUAGGCCGUGUGUUAGAACUGGUCAGGAGGAACGCAUGUAACGUCAGGUGUUUCGGCCUAGGUCUUGGUCCCCAGGCCUGUCGAAGGCUACUGCAGGGCAUUGCCAAGGUGACGGGAGGCAGUAUGGAGUUUCUCAGUGAGGAAGAGAGGCUUCAGCCAAAGUUGAUUAAAUGUCUAAAGAAAGCUCUGGAACCUGUGUUGACGGAUGUACGGAUUGACUGGUAUGUGCCGGACAAUGUCGAGGCGCUUCUCUCACCAAAUGAAAUCCCUCCGCUCUAUCCUGGCAACUGCCUGAUUGGCUACUGCACUCUCUACGACGUAUCUGGAUUCAGGGCCCAGAAAUGUGAGGUGAAGCCUCGUUCAUACGGAAGCCGCCCACGUGGUUCAGAGGGGUCUGUUUUCGAGCUCUCACCCUCCACUUCCGAGCUCCUUCAGCCUCUGGUUCCCCCGGAGGAGCGCGAGAGAGAUGCUGUAAAAGAAAGCGGGGGGGAGGGAGACUUUGAAGAAGCACUGCGGGAAAUUUCUCGAGAAAUCUCGUCGGAAUUCUCCUGCGCACAUGCCACCGAUAUUGCUGUCAGCCCGGGUGGUGACACUGACUACAGCACCAGCGAUGUGCUCUGGCGUAUUCAACAGGCUUCGUAUGUUCAAGAUCAGUACGUGUUGACACACUGUUCUCUGAGCAGCGAGAGGGCCUUCUCGUCUGUUUCUCCCCAAACAGAGAGCUCUAUGCUGGGCAUGGGUUCUCUGCCACAUGGCUUGGAGAGAAUGGAGCCAACACAGGGUCGAGGCCUUUCCCGCUGGGAGUCUCCGUGGAUUCAGAAUGCCACCUCUUCAGGCGGCGCAGAUUCUGCAUCAGGGAAGGCUGGCAAGCUCUUAGACCGUGAUGAGUCUCGUCUCAGGCAGAGGGCGCUAGCUCGCUCCGCUCUGGCUGGCCGAAGUUUCUCAUCUCCGCAGGGUGACCUGGACAUGCACCGCCUGAGGAGGGCACUAGAGAAGAUCUCAUUUGAGCAGGCCUUGGGGGGACGACUUGAGGAGAGUGACACAGACACCCAAAGCACUUCACGAGGAGGUUUAUCCCACCCCAGUCUGACUGACUCCAAUGGCCUCCUGUUCCCUGCUUCCCCACUAGACUGGGACACCUUCACUGAUCCUGAAUGCCUGUUUUCAGCCGCUCCUCCAGGUGAGUUCCAGGCUUCAGGGGCCCAGUGUCGCUCAGUGAUCCACGGCAAGCUGGGAGGACGGGCCGUAUCCUGGGAGGUCCAUGUGGAUCUGUCCCUUUUGUGGGACACUGAGAACUCAGCAACCCUGCCACCCAGCACCGGGGCCUGGGAUGAGAUCAUCCACCAGCUGACCGCACGAUCCGUCAUCACAGACUUUGAAAACAUGGCGGAGAAAGAAACCGAUAUUGAAGCUGAAAGAGGUCCUUCCAAGCGGUACAGAAUGAAAGCGAUCCAGACCAGCAAAAGCUGUGGAAUUGUCUGCAUGUACACAAGCUUCACCACUACAGACACCAAUGCAAGAAAUCAAGCUCAGGGCACAGAUGCACGACACACAGGUGUGCGGUUUGUUACUAGACUCAGUUCUCAUUCCGGUAGCAGAAGACAAAAGUUGUGCUCGGUGGGAUUUGGACGCCACCCCUCCAGCAGAGGCAGUGAAGAGACAGAAAAUACACACACCUCAACAGACAGAGACGACACACCUGCAUCUCCUUGUAGCAUGACAUCCUGGGAUAGCAGCACAGGAGGGAGCGUCAGUCCAUCAGCGGUUUCGUCUCGCUCUCAGCGCUCUGUGGAGAGCUUCUUCGGCUCCAAGUUCAAUCUGGGAAGACUAAAGGGCAAUAAUGGAAAACAAGCUCCUCUCAAACCUCACUGUUUCUCUGCAGAGACCGACAGACACAUAGAGAGAGACAAGCCUGACUACUUGCCAUUGGUACGCCUUCAGUUGGCGUCAGGUGCGUUUCUGCUGUCCGAAUCGUACUCCGAGUGCAUCCAGAUCCCUCUGGACCGCCUAAAAAGAGCGUCCCCAUACCUGAGCCACCGCAGCAGUCUAAGCCCUCCUUUCCAUUGUACCUCACCACCCACCGCCGCUUCAGCGAGACACAUGCAAGAGCCAUGGCCCAACCCUUUGGAGGAGGGUUCUCCAAAAUUGAUGGGUGGAGUCCCACAGGUUGAUAGUGGGCGGGGCUCUGAGGCUGACACGUGUGAAGGUCCUCCGUUGGAUCCUGCAGAUCCUCACGGAGAGAAACUGGAGCAGAUGGAUGUAGAAAGCUCCAGUUGGGCCACUGCGGUUGCUCUGGCCUGGCUGGAGCACCGCUGCGCUGGGUUCUUUGUGGAGUGGGAAUUGGUGGCUGCCAAGGCAGAUUUCUGGCUGAAGUGUCAAUCGCUGCCAGAGGGCGUUGACAUGGUAGGGUUGAGGGCAGCGGCCAGGCAGCUUUUUUUGCUGUUGCGUCACUGGGACGAAAAUAUUAAACUGAACGUGCUCUGCUAUAACCCCAAUAACAUGUGAGGAGCUGACCUCAAAGAUGAAGUUCUUGGGUCUUUAGUUGAAUUUAAACCUGUUGGCUUGACUCCCAAUUCAACUUUAUAGCAGAAUAGAAUUUAUCUAAGAUGUCCUUUAAAGAGGAACGGAGAUAAAGCUGAAUUGUGGUUUCUCUCACGACCAGACUGCAAUACUGUACAAGCUUUGCCUUAAUCAAUGGGCGUCAGUAUAAUUAUGCAGUAGAAUGUAGUUCAAUGUUAUCAACUGCAGGUCUGACAGCACUUUAUGCUAGCAAUAGCAAAUUGACUAGUUUUGGAUGCUUUAUAAAACAACUCGCCAACAUAAACAGCAAGCACUCUUUAAUUUACACUACCAUUUAGAAGCCAGCAAGAUUUUUUUUUUUAAAUGUAAUACUUUUAAUCAGCAAGGAUGCAUCAAAUUGAUCAAAAGUGACGGUAAAGACAUUUACAAUGGUACAAAAUGUUUCAAUUUCAAAUCAAUGCUGUUCUUUUGCUUUCAAUCCAUCAAUCCUGAAAAAUGCAUCCGUUUACAAAAAAA